UCUCCAAACUGGUCACACCUAAAUAGGCAAACACUUUGUUGUGCAUUUUUUGAAUUAAAUCGCAUUUGGCUGUUUCGCUUUUAAAGUGUAAUAAUGUCUGCACAGAACACCGAACCAGGCCACGAGGACAUAGAGGCUGCCUUCAAUCGUCACAGCAAAAUUGUGCCCGAGGUGAAACGGGCCUACCAGGAAGCUAUUGAUCAAGUUUUUGCGGAUCUCAGUGCGGAAGAUCUGGCGCCCUUUGCGGCCAUUCACUCAGAGCACGGGGACACUUACUUGGCCACCGAUGAACUGGUGGGUUCCAUGCGUAACAAAAUGACGGCCAUACUGAGCCAACUGAACCAGCACUUUUUUGACAGCAACGAUGUGGAAAGGAAGCUGGUCGAACUGGAAAUGCUAAAGGAGAAGUUUGCCCCCUAUGAAGGCCACAAUUGGAACGUCAACCGCUUGUCCCCGGAGGACUACACGCGUCCGGUGCGCAUGCGCCUGUUGGAUUCCAGUAUCCGCGUCAUGGAGAGGGAGUUGGCAGCACAGGAUAAGGCAAUUGAGGUUGCUGUGGCCAUAAGCAAAUCUAAUCGAGAGCUAUUGCAGAGCCUGCAGAACGAACGCGUUAAAACGAACGCCGCGAUGGAAAAGCAGAUAAACCAGUACACGGAACUGGAUCCGACCCUAUUGCAGCUCGAGCAGUCGAUCAAUGAUUCGUUUUUGCCACCAGGCUUUGAUCCACUAUAAUCCAAACGAUAUUGUUUUGUUAAUAUAUUUUGGUUUACAUAUACAUAAUGUUUGAUGUCUUUUUUGUGGUGCCACCAUACCUUGUGGUAUAUUCCGUGCAGGACGUGCAGCAGCAAAAGGCAAAAUCAGUUAUUCCCAAUGGAACGCUCGAGCAAUGAUUCGAUUUUGUAUCUAUAAUAAAUGCAAUAUUGUUC